UGAUUAACUACAAUGGGAAUUUCUACAGAAUAAUUUCUGAUUUUCAAAAGAGUGGAGGUUAGUGAGGAAAGAGGGAGUGACUGGUGGACUUCUGAAGAGGACUAUUUAAGUUUACCAGACUAUAGCUUCAAACUACUUGGGACCAUCUGAGAUGAGAGUUGAACAUACUCUACUAUUUCCAAGAAGGAAGAGUUUCCCAGCACGUCAGCCUAAUUAAACCACUGCUUAUCCGUCCAGUCCAGAACUGCUUUGUUUUUCUUCUGUAAUCAUGGCAAAACCUUAUGAAUUUAACUGGCAGAAGCCAGUUCCCUCUUUUAUGCAAGAUGGAGCUGUGUUUGAUAGAUAUGAAGAGGAAUCUUUUGUCUUUGAAACCAACUGUCUCUUUCAAGUGGAUGAAUUUGGCUUUUUUCUGAGCUGGAAAAGUGAAGGAAAGGAAGGACAGGUAUUAGAGUGCUCCCUGAUCAACAGUGUUCGUUUUGGAGCUGUACCAAAGGAUCCCAAAAUACUAACUGCACUUGAGGCUGUUGGAAAAUCAGAAAAUGAGUUGGAAGGACGGAUAGUGUGUGUUUGCAGUGGCACAGAUCUGGUGAACAUCAGCUUCACUUUCAUGGUAGCGGAAAGCACAGAAAUAGCCAAGCAAUGGGUAGAAGGGCUUGGAUCCAUCAUACAUAACUUUAGAGCUAACAAUGUCAGUCCCAUGACAUGUCUCAAGAAACACUGGAUGAAGCUGGCAUUUCUGACGAACACAAAUGGCAAAAUUCCAGUUCGGAGCAUUACCAGAACCUUUGCAUCAGGUAAAACAGAAAAAGUGAUCUUUCAGGCGCUUAAGGAAUUAGGUCUUCCCAGUGGAAAGAAUGAUGAAAUUGAGCCUACAGCGUUUACUUAUGAGAAAUUUUAUGAGCUUACCCAAAAGAUAUGUCCCCGAACUGACAUAGAGGAACUCUAUAGGAAGAUCAAUGGAGACAAAACUGAUUAUUUAACGGUAGACCAAUUAGUGAGCUUUCUAAAUGAACACCAGAGAGAUCCUCGGCUGAAUGAAAUUUUAUUUCCGUUCUAUGAUACAAAAAGAGCAAUGCAGAUAAUUGAGACAUAUGAGCCAGAUGAAGACUUGAAGAGUAAAGGUCUCAUAUCAAGUGAUGGAUUUUGCAGAUACUUGAUGUCAGAUGAAAACGCCCCAGUUUUCCUGGACCGCUUGGAGUUGUAUCAAGAAAUGGACCAUCCUUUAGCUCACUAUUUCAUCAGUUCCUCCCACAAUACAUACUUAACAGGCAGGCAGUUUGGUGGGAAGUCUUCAGUGGAGAUGUACAGACAAGUGCUUUUGGCUGGAUGCAGAUGCGUUGAGCUGGACUGCUGGGAUGGAAAAGGUGAAGACCAAGAACCAAUAAUAACGCAUGGAAAAGCAAUGUGUACAGAUAUUCUUUUCAAGGACGUAAUUCAAGCCAUUAAGGAAACAGCAUUUGUUACGUCAGAGUAUCCUGUCAUUCUUUCAUUUGAAAAUCACUGCAGCAAAUAUCAACAGUACAAGAUGUCAAAAUACUGUGAAGAUCUUUUUGGAGAUCUCCUGUUGAAGCAGCCUCUGGAAACCCAUCCACUUGAUCCAGGUAAAGCCUUGCCUUCUCCUAAUGACCUCAGAAGAAAGAUUCUCAUAAAGAAUAAAAGGCUGAAACCUGAAGUAGAAAAAAAACAGCUAGAUGCUCUGAAAAAGAUGAUGGAGGCUGGUGAAACAGCUGCCCCUGUAAAUAUCCUAGAGGAUGAUAAUGAAGAAGAAACAGAAAGUGCUGACCAGGAAGAAGAAGCACAUCCAGAGUACAAAUUCGGAAGUGACCUUUCUGCAGAUGAUUACUGUCAAAAAGAAGCCGUUGCCAUCAGUGUCAAAAAGGCUGUUGAAGAUUCUGAGCAAGAAAACAAUAAAAAGGGUUUAGUAACUGUUGAAGAUGAACAGGCAUGGAUGGCAUCUUACAAAUAUGUAGGUGCCACAACCAAUAUACAUCCAUAUUUAUCAACAAUGGUCAACUAUGCUCAGCCUGUAAAAUUUCAAGGUUUCGAUGUAGCAGAAGGUAACAUAAAAGAACGCAAUAUUCACCAUAACAUGUCCUCUUUCAAUGAGUCAGUUGGGCUAGGGUAUUUGAAGACCCAUGCAAUUGAGUUUGUAAAUUAUAAUAAACGACAAAUGAGUCGGAUAUACCCAAAGGGAGGCCGAGUGGAUUCCAGUAAUUACAUGCCUCAAAUUUUCUGGAACGCUGGCUGCCAGAUGGUCUCACUGAACUAUCAGACCCCAGAUUUAGCAAUGCAAUUGAAUCAAGGAAAAUUUGAAUAUAAUGGGUCAUGCGGGUAUCUACUUAAACCAGAUUUCAUGCGGCGACCGGAUCGAACAUUUGACCCUUUCUCUGAAACUCCUGUAGAUGGUGUAAUUGCAGCGACAUGUUCUGUACAGGUAAUAUCUGGUCAGUUCUUAUCAGACAAAAAAAUCGGUACGUAUGUAGAAGUGGAUAUGUAUGGUUUACCCACGGACACAAUACGUAAAGAAUUUCGAACACGCAUGGUGAUGAACAAUGGUCUGAACCCUGUUUACAAUGAAGAAUCAUUUGUAUUUCGAAAGGUUAUUCUCCCUGAUCUUGCUGUCCUGAGAAUAGCAGUGUAUGAUGACAAUAAUAAGUUGAUUGGUCAGAGGAUCCUGCCUCUGGAUGGUCUGCAAGCAGGUUACAGACACAUUUCCCUUCGGAAUGAGGGCAACAAACCACUCUCUCUUCCGACAGUUUUCUGCAACAUUGUGCUUAAAACAUAUGUGCCUGAUGGUUUUGGAGAUAUUGUGGAUGCUUUAUCGGAUCCAAAGAAAUUUUUGUCCAUCACAGAAAAAAGAGCAGACCAAAUGAGAGCUAUGGGUAUUGAAACUAGUGAUAUAGCUGAUGUACCAAAUGACACUUCAAAGAAUGAUAGAAAAGGAAAAGCCAAUAAUGCCAAAGCAAACGUGACUCCUCAGAGUAGCUCUGAACUUCGACCAAGUACCACUGCUGGCUUUGGGUCUGGGACAGAUGCUAAGAAAGGUAUAGACCUUAUUCCUCAAGUGAAGAUAGAAGAUUUAAAGCAAAUGAAGGCCUACAUAAAGCAUUUAAAGAAACAGCAGAAAGAGCUGAAUGCCUUAAAGAAGAAACAUGCCAAGGAGCACAGCGCUAUGCAGAAGUUGCACUGCACACAAAUUGACAAAAUAGUGGCACAGUAUGAUAAAGAAAAGGUAUCUUACGAGAAAAUAUUAGAGAAGGCAAUCAAGAAGAAGGGAGGAAGUAAUUGUCUUGAAUUGAAGAAAGAAACUGAAAUUAAAAUUCAGACGCUAACAUCGGAUCACAAAUCUAAGGUCAAAGAGAUUGUGGCACAGCACACUAAAGAGUGGUCUGAGAUGAUCAAUACGCACAGUGCUGAAGAGCAAGAAAUCCGUGAUUUACACUUGAACCAACAGUGUGAACUACUGAAAAAACUGCUGAUUAAUGCACAUGAACAGCAAACCCAGCAGCUAAAAUUUUCCCACGACAGGGAAAGCAAAGAAAUGCGUGCCAACCAGGCUAAAAUAUCUAUGGAAAACAGCAAAGCCAUAAGCCAGGAUAAAUCUAUCAAAAACAAAGCUGAAAGGGAGAGGCGAGUCAGAGAACUGAACAGCAGCAACACAAAAAAGUUCCUGGAAGAGAGAAAAAGGCUGGCAAUGAAGCAGUCAAAGGAAAUGGAUCAGUUGAAAAAAGUUCAACUGGAGCAUUUAGAAGUCCUGGAGAAGCAGAAUGAGCAGCUUUUGAAAUCCUGUCAUGCAGUGUCUCAAACACAAGGUUCUUGGCCUGCCUUAAAUCUCGGUAGAGAACAAGCAUCUUGAGAGUUGAGUCCGUUAGCUGCCACUACCUUCGUGAAUUCACUGCAGCUUUGCCACUGCCUCCACAAGGCUCACCUUCAAGUAUUCUGCUGGUGUGCUCACGUCAGCUCAUGUGCUGUCUCACCCUGACCGUAAACUAGUAAAAGUGGGCAUCCUGAUCCUAUGCUAAUGCGUUCUUUGAAACCAAGUUAACUUUAAAGUAUUUCCGUACGUUAUAUGCUAGCUUGCAGAAUAUUUAUAGGACACUAUGUGCUGGUGUUCAAGUCACAAGCCUAAAACGUAAAAUGUGUGAGUCACUAAGAAGCAAACAAUGGGAUUUUGUUUUAUCUGGAAUUUCAUUUCACACACAGGCACAAUCCAGCCAACAUUUCAGAAGAGGUUGUACAUACUGAUUUAUUUAUUAUGUUUCCAUAUUUUCAUGUUAAAAUUAUUUCUUCAUUACUUUCAAGCUUUUAACUCAUUUAAAUGGAGAGUGUUGAUUAAUUUUUAAUCAUAUUUAUGACAGUUGCUUUGCUGUUAUCAUAAUUACUUUUUUUCCCCAAGAUGAUGAUGAUGAUGAUGAUGAAAGUACAGGACUAGAUUUUUCAAGAGGGCACAUUUAUCACAUAUGCACAAACCCACAUUUACCUUGCAAAAUGAAUAACUGCAUCUCAUUACUUCAGAUCUACAUUUGCCUAUUUUUGCAUAUGCAAAUAUAUUUGCACAUCCAGAAUAGGUGACUCCUUAAAGUAGGAGCUUUUGUAACAAAGUUCCCUGUCUAAGCAACCUUUACAACUUGUUGAGAAACAUAGUUCACACAGAUCAAGUCCAGUAACCAUUCUUCCAUUUAAGAUAGAUAUAGACCACUAAAGCAGUUAUUCCAAAGAAAAGAUUAGCUUGAUUUUCCCUUUCCUAAACCUUCCCUAAUCCGUGGAAGUUUGGUUGUAAAGGUAGAUGGGAUAGCUUGCACCUGGGUCAAGUUAUUCAGAGUUCUUUGGGUUAUGGUUUUAAAUAAAUUCUCAAAUUGAGAGCCCUCAAAGAAAACGAAGGAGGAGCUGGUGUCUUCCAGUUCCUUUUAACUGCAGAACUGCAAACCAAAGCGCAACUUCUAAUCCAUACCUGAGCCACAGGAGGAGUUAGAGUGUGUGUGUGGGAGAAAGAGGAAGAGGGAGAGAGAAAGAGGGAGAGAAAAGAAAGCCACCCCAAAGCUAGGGAUUUCCCAGGCCAGUUACCAUUCAUAUUUAGUGCUUUAACUCUGCUUGCAAAGCCUGAGGCACCUGGAGUUUAAAGCAAGAUCUGGCAUAAAUUCAUCACUGUAUUCUGCAAAACAUGUUUGGAUACAGUUUCAGGUGGAUUCGAUGUGUGUAAUCGCAAGAAGAACGUGCUUAACCUUGAGGUGAAAAACAGCACAUCUGCAGUCAUGAGAGAUGGUUAGGAGCGCCAGGCCAGAUGAAGAUUAUUUUUAAAGAGCUUUCUUGCCAACUGCAAGGAGGAUGUUCCAGUGAAUGAUUUUCAUCAUUCACUGUCUUCUGGAAAGAGAUGGGUCCAGAUCGUAGGUCAACACUCUGGACAUCUCAGGACGUGACACCCCCCGGCACUAACACAGCAGUGAUCUAGCAUGUAUUCUCAAAGCCAUUUGCGUGUCGGGAGUAGUUGAGUCAGCAUCUGCCUAGUUUUCUUCACAGAAAUCAGAGCUUGUGUGUUUUACCAUAUGCUUGCUCAGAAAGAUGACCCAUGACUCUUGGAAUAGGAUCAAAAAUAUUUUCCAAUAAUUUGUAAACAUUAAGAAUUACAUCUGAGUUUGAAAACACAGGGGCAUUUGGGGGGUUAGGAUAAUGUGAUUACAUGUAUCUUCAGUGUGUUUUGCCUAUAUUUCAUUCAGACACUAUCAUAUAAAAAACAUGCUUCACUUUGAACACAAAGUCUAAUGCAAUACUUCACAUGGUUAUUGUGGAUUGCAGGCAAAGGAGAUGCAGCAGAUGGUGAAGCUGGAAGCAGAGAUGGAUCGCAGGCCAGCAACAGUGGUCUAAAGCCUCAACAUGCAAAUUGAAGU